UGUUCAACACGGAUAUUAAGUUGAACCUGGGAAAGAAACACAACACUACACGACAGCUGAAAAAGAAGAUGGCGGCGACGAUUCAUCGACCAAGCGUGAAGAUUGGUGCGGGAGCAGUAGUCUGCGUUGAGGCAGAGAUUCGUGGAGAUGUAACUAUAGGUGCCCGGACUGUUGUGCAUCCAAAAGCCAGGAUUAUUGCAGAGGGUGGUCCCAUUGUGAUUGGAGAGAGCAAUUUGAUUGAAGAACAGGUGGUCAUCAUCAACAGACAGUCCGAUGCAUCUCCAACCAAAGAAGGAGGUCAGAAGAUGGUGAUUGGAGCUAACAAUGUGUUUGAGGUUGGCUGCCGUUGCGAAGCACUUCGCGUUGGGGACAACAAUGUGAUCGAGGCGAAAGCUGUUGUUGGGCGUGAGAUAGAGCUAAGCAGUGGAUGUGUCAUAGGCGCCUUCUGUCCAGUCACCAGUAACGAGACCUUGCCGGAGAACACGGUCAUCUAUGGUGAGAAGUGUGUCCGAAGGGUACAAGCUGAGCGGCCACAGGCUCAGACGCUCCAACUCGAUUUCCUGAUGAAAAUCUUGCCAAACUACCACCAUCUUAAGAAAUCGACUCGACCAAAGAAUCCGGAGAAGUGAAAAGCCAAAAGAAUAAGAGAUCGUUGAGGAGUGUCGGGAGUACAGAAAGAGAGAUUUAAAGGUGGACCACUCUUUGAAAACUUCCGUUCAUGUUAUUUAUUUCGUUUGGAGUUCCUUUUGAAUUUUAUUUUUUUCUUGCAUUUUCGCUUUUUCGUACGGAAAUGUUGGUCAUUUUUUUUCGCAGUGCAUUAUGGACAAGUUUACUUCUCUUUUGUCGCCAUAAACUGUUUUGAAAGCUGAGGAAAAGUGAAACGAUCCACUAUGUGUGGAUGAAAUGAUCCACCACGCGUGGAUGUAAGAUCCACUACGUGUGGAUGAAAAGAUCCACUACGAGUGGAUGAAUUAAUCCACUCUGCGUCGAUCAAUGUCUUGAUUGAAGUACCAUCAAAUGCUUGAGGGCCGAGGACAUUUGUUUAGAAUCCACUCUGUGCUGAUGAACGCAUUGAUAAUGCACAGUAUUAUACUUUGUGGAUUAAUCCACUGUAUGCUGAUCAACUUGCACAUCAACGAGAUCUAGUAAAUGGUUAAUUAGCUGCUUGAAUUGCUGAAGACGUGUGUUUAAAUCCACUUUGUUCAGAUCGACAUGCCGAUUAGUGAGGACGAACUGAUUACCGCGUUGAUAAUGCACGAUAAAUACUUGACAUUUGUGGACUAAUCCAUAGUAUGCAGAUCAACACGAUUAUCAACGCGCUCACAAACUAAAAACAGGCACCAAAAUGAGAGCGGAGAAAGUAUGUGUAGAAUCCACAUUGUGCUGAUCAACAUGCUGCUGAGUAACCAACAAUCUGAUCUACGCGUUGAUAAUGCACUAUAAAUACUUGACUUACGUUGUGGAUUAAUCCACUGUGUGCUGAUUGACACGAUUAUUGCUAUAAAUGCUUGUAGCUGUUUACAUGUAGACCUGUUAAGGCUGUCACCGUGUCUUGUUUCAAGAAGACAUGUUAAAGAUAAAUAUGGAGUUAGUCAAUGUAUCAUAAGCACCAGACUGUUAAACAGCAAAGAUGUACGGCAUGUAGUUUCUUUUAACGAUGGUAAACAAAAUUGUGCAAUUAACCCAGAUUUGGGCCUCAUUCUGCUUGUGCUAAAAAUAUCUUUGGUGCAUUAAUUAUGAGGGAACCUUUUUUUUUUUCUUCUUAAGUAGAGUGGUUUUCCUGCAAGUUGCAGUGGAUCCAUGAUGAUCAUGAUGAACUUUCUUUUAAAUGUAGACAAAUUCAUUCAGCAAAUUGUUUUUUGUGUUCCCCUUGAAGCCAGCAUCAUUACAGUUAGGCGGGGGGACAUUUUACGCAGCAGACCCCCCAAAAAAAUUCUCCCGUUGAUAUGUAAAGAAAAAUUUAUGUAAUUGAAAUGGGUUAAUAUGUAAAAUACCUUGUCGAACAAUUGUGAGUUUUGGAAGGAAAUGCUUGGUUUUCGCAUGGGUUGUCACUAAUUUUAAGGGUCAAGUGGGACUGAAAUAAUUAUUUUGGAAUUAGACAAUUAGAAAACUGCGCAUUGGCGGUGAUGGGUUGCUUAGAGUAUGGGAAAACGAAAACAAAAAAUACAGCAGUGGGAUUUAUUGAUUUUUUUUUAAAGAAUAAAAUGGAAGAGUCAAUUGACAGUCUAGUGUACUAGCUUUUAGAAUAAAAAAAUAUUUCUUUAAAAAGAGCAAAUAUUAAAACAACCACUGAACCUGAAA